GCUCUAGAGGCUAGCUAGAAAUGGUAGCUAGGGCUCCAUUCCCGAGUCGACGGCUACGUCCGUCCUUUGGCCACCCUCACGGGCCCGUUGCGGCGGAGCCACGCCACGAACCGCGACAUCUACCGCCUGCACGCUCGAUCCCCCGGCCUCUGACUCUCAGCAGACUCCUGGCGGCGGCCAUCAUCUGGAGAACGGCGCCGUCGCGGUGGUGCCGCCUGCCGGGGAGCUGGACCUGCGCGGCGUCGUGGACGCCGUGCCGCCGGACGUGCUGUUCGACCUGAUCGGGAGCUGCUCGGGGUUGGAUGACGUGUUCCGCCUGAUGGAGGAGGACUGAAUUGCCACGGUGGCCCACGCGUCGCCACGCCACAGCCUUCCGGUCGCGUGUAUAAAUAAAAUCCUUCUUCCCCACGCCGGCGCAGCAAUCUAGCUGCUACUAGAUCAUCAUCAUCUACCGACCGUGUCAGGUCAGGCGAGCACCGACGACGCGGGCGCGGGCGUGUCUGCUAGAGCGCGCGUCUAUGAGUCACGGCAUCCACGGCCGGAGGCAUCCGUUCUCUGAGGCGGCCAUGGAGCACGACGUCGCGCACGGUGGCGGCGGUGGCGCGGGCGAAGCGUUCGACGAGCCGGAGCUGGAGCAGGAGGAGCUCAGCGACUCGGAGUCGGGCGCCGAGUCCAUCGAUAUCUCCGAACUGAAGCGCCGCAUGUGGAAGGACCAGAUGCUGCUCAACAAGCUGGAGGGCCGCGCGGGCGCGUUCCGGGCCGGGGCGGGGCCGUCGUCCAGCAGGCCGCUCGCGCCGCCGGGUGCGGGCGCGGACGGGCUGCUGGCCGGGGAGGAGGAGAGCCCCGAGGUGCGGUGCCGGCGCAAGGCGAUGCUCCGAGCGCAGGACGGCGUCCUCCGCCACAUGCUCAAGAUGAUGGAGGCCUGCAACGCGCGCGGGUUCGUGUACGGCGUCAUCGACGAGGCCGGCGAGCCCAUGUCCGGCUCCUCCGACAGCCUCCGCGGGUGGUGGAAGGACAACGUGAGCUUCGACCGCGCCGGGCCCAUGGCGUUCAUCACGGGCCCCGCCGGCGAGAGCCCGCUGGGGAUCGCGUCCUGCCUCCACCGCCUCCAGGACAUCCAGGACAGCACGCUCGGCUCCGUGCUCUCCGCGCUCAUCCAGCACUGCCAGCCCCCGCAGCGGAGCUUCCCGCUGGAGCGCGGCCUGGCGCCGCCCUGGUGGCCCACGGGGCACGAGGCCUGGUGGGGUUCCCAGGGCGAGGUCCAGGCGCACCAGGGCGUGCCGCCCUACCGCAAGCCGCAUGACCUCAAGAAGGCCUGGAAGAUCAGCCUGCUCAGCGCCGUGAUCAAGCACAUGAGCCCGCGCUUCGACCAGAUGCGCAAGCUCGUGUGGCAGUCCAAGCGCCUGCAGCAGAAGAUGAGCGUCAAGGAGACGGAGACCUGGUCCAAGAUCAUCAAGCAGGAGGAGGUGCUCAGCCGCCGCCUCAAGAGCUCGCUGCACAUCACGCCCCUCGACGACGACGACAUGGCCGGCCGCGCGCACGAUAAGCGCAAGCGCGAGCUGAUCAGCACAAGUGACAGCAGUGGUGGGAGCACCAGCAGCAGCGGGGAGCUUGCCGUCGUGCUGCCGCCGGAGCUGGCCGGCCUCCUGGCGGAGGAUGAGAGCCUGAGCCCGAUCGACGAGCUCGCCAAGCUCUACUGCUACAGCCACGGGCCUGAUGCUGCUGAUCAGGGCGGCGGCCAUCAUCUGGAGAACGGCGCCGUCGCGGUGGUGCCGCCUGCCGGGGAACUGGACCUGCGCGGCGUCGUGGACGCCGUGCCGCCGGACGUGCUGUUCGACCUGAUCGGGAGCUUCUCGGGGCUGGAUGACGUGUUCCGCCUGAUGGAGGAGGACUGAAUUGCCACGGUGGCCCACGCGUCGCCACGCCACAGCCCACAGGCCAAGGUUGGGCGGGAAGGGAUGAGGUGGCGCGUUGCUGAAUGCUCAUGGAUCGAUGGCAUUAGCUAGUCAAAAUAUUCUGUCUAGGUGCUUGUUU